UCCCUACUCACUCCUUUUUUUGUGCUGUCCCAGCUGCUCUCUCUACCUCUCUCUCUCUCUGCCCCCUCCUUUUGCACCCCUCCCUCCUCUUCCUCUCCCUCCUUCUCCUUCUCCUAUCUAAACCUCCUUUCCUCUGUCAUUUCCCUGCUGUUCAUGUGUCCCGGCGAGGCGUUGCGGACCAACCGUGUGUGUGUGCACAUAGAGGAUGGCUCAGUGCUCAGGUGCAGGCAGCAGAACCAGUCAAGCAGGCAACAGGACCAGUCUUUACACCCAGACAGAGCUUUUUGCUGUGCUGAGGGCUGGAGAUUGAGCCCCCUUUUUGGACCUCCAUCCCUGAAGCUCUCUUAAUCUACCUGUAACUAAGCUUUCUUUUAUACAGUAUUCUUUAACAAGAGGACCAUUUCAACUGUGUGUGGAUCCUAAAUGUUUAAAGGAAAUUCUUCUUUUUGUAUUUGUUAUAAUUGGCACUCAUUUUACUCUGUGAGCCCUGAGUGGAAGCAGCUGCCUUGUCAGCCGUGGAUUUUGCAGAGGUGAAAGAGAGGAGUAUGUCCUGUCUGUGCCAUGCCCCAAACUGGACCUUAGUGGAUAGCUGCUGAGGGAAAUAAGGCACAAAAGAGAGAGCCAAAUCUUUAAAACGAGGACAGGAAAGUCCUUAGACAAUCUCCCUCUCACACACCUGUGAGGGCUCACUCUCUGACAAAAGAACAGCCGAGAAGAGGAGGAACAAAAAGAUAAUUAGGAGCCAAGAAGAUAAGGCUAAAGGGGAGACUUUGGGUCCAGACUCCCUUCCUUCCUUCAUCCCUCCUUUUUCAGUUCCCACCUGUGUGGAUUAAUUGGGCUGGAGAACCAUGGCGCAUGCCGCCUCGCAGCUGAAGAAAAAGGCGGACGAGAACCUCGCUGCGGAGGAAGAGAAGGAGAAGGAGAGGAAGAAGUCAAGGAAACGGUCACGCGAACCGAAGAAAAAGACAGACGUAAACGCUUGUUAUCUGCGGGCUGCUCGGGCUGGCAACCUUGAGAAAGCGUUGGAUUACCUGAAAAAUGGGGUCGACAUUAAUAUUUGCAAUCAGAAUGGCCUCAAUGCUCUCCAUCUGGCCUCGAAGGAGGGCCAUGUGGAAGUGGUGGCUGAGCUCAUCAAGCAGGGUGCCAAUGUGGAUGCUGCUACUAAGAAAGGAAACACUGCCCUCCACAUAGCUUCUCUUGCUGGACAGACAGAGGUGGUGAAGGAGCUUGUCACCCACGGUGCCAACGUCAAUGCUCAGUCUCAGAAUGGCUUCACUCCGCUGUAUAUGGCAGCGCAGGAGAAUCACUUGGAUGUGGUGCAGUUCUUAUUGGACAAUGGCUCCAGCCAGAGCAUCGCCACUGAGGAUGGUUUCACUCCGCUGGCGGUUGCACUGCAGCAGGGCCAUGACCAGGUAGUUUCCCUUUUACUGGAAAAUGACACCAAGGGGAAGGUCCGCCUCCCAGCGUUGCACAUCGCUGCACGUAAAGAUGACACCAAGGCUGCCGCCCUCCUCCUCCAGAACGACCACAAUGCUGAUGUGGAGUCUAAGAGCGGUUUCACUCCUCUGCAUAUUGCGGCUCACUACGGCAACAUCAACGUAGCAACACUGCUGCUUAACAGAGGGGCAGCUGUGGACUUCAAGGCGAGGAAUGACAUAACACCGCUGCACGUAGCAUCCAAACGUGGAAACAGCAACAUGGUGCGACUGCUGCUGGAGAGAGGGGCCAAGAUAGAUGCACGCACCAAGGAUGGUCUGACUCCUCUUCACUGUGGCGCCAGGAGUGGCCAUGAGCAAGUAGUGGAGAUGCUGCUGAACAGAGGAGCUCCAAUACUGUCAAAGACCAAGAACGGUCUGUCUCCUCUUCACAUGGCGACGCAAGGCGACCACCUCAACUGCGUUCAGCUGCUGCUGCACCACGAUGUGCCCGUGGACGACGUGACAAAUGACUACCUGACGGCGCUGCACGUUGCCGCCCACUGUGGGCACUACAAGGUGGCGAAGGUCAUCGUGGACAAGAAAGCCAAUCCCAACGCCAAGGCACUGAAUGGUUUCACUCCCCUGCACAUUGCCUGCAAGAAAAACAGACUUAAGGUGAUGGAGCUGCUUCUGAAGCAUGGAGCGUCUAUACAGGCUGUCACAGAGUCCGGUCUGACGCCGAUCCACGUCGCAGCUUUUAUGGGACAUGAAAACAUCGUCCACCAGCUAAUCAACCACGGGGCUUCACCAAACACGAGCAAUGUGAGGGGGGAGACGGCACUCCACAUGGCAGCGAGGGCGGGACAGUCCAAUGUGGUCCGGUAUCUGAUUCAGAAUGGAGCACGAGUCGACGCCAAGGCCAAGGAUGACCAGACUCCUCUGCACAUCUCAAGCCGUCUUGGUAAGCAAGAUAUUGUGCAGCAGCUGCUGGCGAACGGAGCAUGCCCAGAUGCCACGACCAACUCUGGAUACACUCCCCUACACCUAGCCGCCAGGGAGGGGCACAGAGAUAUAGCUGCAACGCUGCUGGACCAUGGAGCUAGUCUGGGCAUUACUACUAAGAAGGGCUUCACUCCUUUGCACGUCGCAGCAAAAUACGGGAAAAUUGAGGUGGCCAACCUGCUGCUGCAGAAGAAUGCUCAGCCUGAUGCUGCUGGAAAGAGUGGACUAACUCCACUGCAUGUAGCAGCACACUAUGAUAACCAGAAGGUGGCACUGCUCUUGCUCAACCAGGGAGCCUCACCGCACGCUGCUGCAAAGAAUGGUUACACUCCACUACAUAUUGCAGCUAAGAAGAAUCAGAUGGAGAUAACGACCACCUUACUGGAAUACAGCGCCUCUACCAACUCUGUAACGCGGCAGGGCAUCACUCCCCUGCACCUUGCAGCACAGGAAGGAAACGUGGACAUUGUGACGCUGCUGCUGGCUCGGGAUGCUCCUGUUAACAUGGGCAAUAAGUCUGGUUUGACUCCACUUCACCUGGCUGCCCAGGAGGAUAAAGUCAAUGUUGCUGAGGUCUUGUGCAACCAAGGAGCCUUCAUAGAUCCAGAGACCAAGCUUGGAUAUACUCCGCUUCAUGUGGCCUGUCACUAUGGCAACGUGAAGAUGGUUAACUUUCUGCUGAAAAAUCAGGCGAAGGUCAACGCCAAGACAAAGAACGGCUACACACCUCUCCAUCAGGCUGCACAGCAGGGACACACACACAUCAUCAACUUGCUGUUACACCAUGGAGCAUUGCCCAAUGAACUCACUAAUAAUGGAAACAGUGCUCUGUCCAUUGCAAGGAGGCUCGGCUACAUCUCUGUUGUGGACACACUCAAGGUGGUCACAGAGGAGACUCUGACCACUCAGACUGUGAUCGAGAAGCACAAAAUGAAUGUCCCUGAGACCACGAACGAGUUGCUGGACAUGUCUGAUGAUGAAGGUGACGAUGCGAUGACGGGGGACACGGACAAAUAUAUGGCCCCCCAGGAUCUGCGGGAACUGGGUGACGACUCACUGCCUCAGGAUGGCUACAUGGGCUUCAGCAUUGGUGCACGAUCUCAGAGCCUUCGUUCCUUCAGUUCUGAUAGGUCCAACAUGCUGAACCGGAGCUCGUUCACACGGGACAGCAUGAUGAUAGAGGAGAUACUGGCGCCGAGUAAGGAGAUGCAUUUGGCAGCGGCUAAAGACUUUGACAGCGACUCUCUGAGGAGGUACAGCUGGACUGCAGAUGCACUGGAUAAUGUCAACCUAGUGUCCUCACCAAUACACUCUGGGUUCCUGGUCAGCUUCAUGGUCGACGCCAGGGGUGGUUCUAUGAGAGGAAGCCGUCACAACGGCAUGAGAAUCAUCAUCCCGCCCAGAAAGUGCACAGCGCCCACCCGGAUCACGUGUCGACUGGUGAAGAGGCACAAAUUGGCGUCGCCUCCCCCGAUGGUGGAAGGAGAAGGCCUGGCCAGCAGACUUGUUGAGGUCGGUCCCGCAGGAGCGCAGUUCCUCGGGCCUGUGAUAGUGGAGAUCCCUCAUUUUGGCUCGAUGCGGGGUCAGGAGAGAGAGCUGAUCCUGCUGCGCAGUGACAACGGAGAAACCUGGAAGGAGCAUCUGUACGACUGCAAGACUGACGACCUCAAUCAGCUCCUCAAUGGCAUGGAUGAAGAGCUGGACAGUCCCAACGAGCUGGAGAGGAAGAGAAUCUGCCGCAUUAUCACCAAGGAUUUCCCACAAUACUUUGCAGUAGUGUCUCGUAUCAGACAGGAGACGCACCAGAUGGGACCAGAGGGCGGGACUCUGUGCAGUCGCAGCGUCCCAUUGGUUCAGGCUUCCUUUCCAGAGGGAGCACUAACAAAGAAAAUCAAGGUUGGAUUGCAGGCUCAGCCAGUACCCGAUGAGGCCGUGAAGAAAAUCCUUGGUAAUCGAGCAACCUUCAGCCCCAUUGUUACCGUGGAGCCAAGAAGAAGGAAGUUCCAUAAGCCAAUCACCAUGACAAUCCCAGUCCCGCCACUCUCAGGGGAGGGGCUUACAAAUGGCUACAAAGGAGACUAUACUCCCUCCCUGCGCCUUCUCUGUAGCAUCACAGGUGGUACAUCACCAGCACAGUGGGAAGACAUCACAGGCACAACUCCUCUCACCUUUGUUAAUGACUGCGUCUCCUUCACCACUAAUGUUUCUGCCAGGUUCUGGUUAGCAGACUGCCACCAGAUACCAGAGACGGUGGGCCUGGCCACGCAGCUCUACAGGGAGCUGAUCUGUGUGCCCUACAUGGCCAAGUUUGUGGUGUUUGCUAAGAUGAAUGACCCAGUGGAGUCCAGCCUGAGGUGCUUCUGUAUGACGGAUGACAAGGUGGAUAAAACCCUGGAGCAGCAGGAGAACUUUGAGGAGGUGGCCAGGAGCAAAGACAUAGAGGUUCUGGAGGGCAGGCCUAUAUAUGUGGAUUGUUAUGGGAACUUGGCUCCCCUGACCAAAGCUGGUCAGCAGUUAGUUCUUAACUUCUACGCCUUCAAGGAGAACCGUCUGCCUUUCUGCGUCAAGGUCAGAGAUCCCAGUCAAGAGCCGUGUGGUCGACUCACUUUCCUGAAAGAAUGUAAGAUCACGAAAGGCCUUCCACAAACUGCCGUGUGCAACCUGAACAUCACGCUUCCCGCAGUGAAAAAGGAAACGGAGUCAGAUGCCGAGGAUGAGACUGAAAAGCCAGAUCGACAACGUCAUACCUUUGCAUCCCUAGCCUUACGUAAGCGCUACAGCUAUCUGGCCGAGCCUGCACUGAUUGAACGAAGCGCAGCAACAAGAGCAUUGCCUGCUGGUUACCCUCACAAACCUGUCUUUCCAACCAGACCUUGCCCACCAUGGUCGACUGCUCCUAUUACCGUCCCUGGCCAAACAAGGUCCGUCGGAAUGGGGGGUGCCCUCAUCUCUACCGAUUCACCGGCAGCCUCACCAGCUGCUUCUCCACUGAAAUCUACUUGGUCCCUCUCAGCCCCAUCAGCUGCAUGUCCCACAACUAUAAAAGUUCCACCAGCACUUACCCUGUCAUCCCCAGUCAAAUCUGCCAGUGACAUAGCGUCCUCAUCCCCCAUCCGUUCUUACAGGACUAUGCCCUCACCCAUUAAAACUGUAGUCCAGCAGGGUCAGUACCCUGUCCAGGGAUCUACCAGCUUUGUGUCCUCUGGAAGUCCAUGCAAACCUGCCACUGAUCCAGCUUCUAUCAAAAGUCUUGCUUCAGCAUAUACAUCAAGGACUUCUCCACUUCACUCAAUGCCCAAUGGUUAUAUACCAGAAAAGUCUCCAGCUCCUGUUCCUUCUACAGCAUCACCAAAGACAUCGUACAGCAUGUACAGUUCUAAUCUACCUUUUAAAACUGCCCUUGGGUCCACAGUUGUGACAGAUGCAGGGGCCCAUACCCUUUCUUCUGUUAAAAGCAUCUCCAGUCUGUCCUCUUUGAAAACCUCUGUAGACUCAACACUCUCAUCCCGAGGAGGGAGGACAUCCAUCUCAUCUCUCUCCUCCACUGGCCAAACAACCAUUGCUUCUUCAGAAUUGUCCAUGAUGAAUGGAUCUGUCUCACCUGUAAAAUAUCCAUCCUCUUCGUCCACUCCAUCCUCCCCUUCUUCACGCCUUGUUUCAGAGAGAAGUAGCAGCCUUCAAGAGAGGAUCCAGGCCACCACCCAGGCAGCAACCUCUGGUGUCAGCGCAGCCAUAAAUGAGGCUAUAGACUCGUACUCUGUCUCAGGCUACGGCACUCUUAAGUCACUGUCGUCCUCACGUAGAUCUGCAACAGCAAGCUCUGCUUAUGGUUCUCUGAGAUCUGUAGCUGCCUCCCCAAACACGGCAGUUUCAUCUAAUACAAUGACUGUGCCUGUCUAUUCACUGGUCAAUGUCAUCCCAGAGACCCCUGCCAAACCAGGACCUGGGUCUCUUAAGAUGGCUCUUCCCGACCCCUCUCGCACCUCAUCAUCUUCAUCUUCCUCUUUGUCUUCCUGUGUUACUACAACAAAAAUAAAUUCCCAGUUAAAAUCCCCUCCAUUUAUCACACCACCCAUUAUCCACCCGACUGCAGCUUCUAACCAGGAGAUAUUAAAAGAUGUAGCAGACAUGAAAGAAGAUCUGAUUAGGAUGACAGCUAUUCUGCAGACAGAUACACAGACUGCAGCUAAAACUGUCCAAACAUCACAUACUGGCACUCCCAAAGAGACUAAGUUAGAGGAAGAGGAGCCAUAUACUCUAGUGGAGAAAGUAAAAGAAGAUUUAGUCAAAGUCAGUGAGAUAUUACAGAAAGAUAUCAUUAGUGAAGCUAAAGAAAGAGCCUCAGAGGACGAAUGGGAAGAAUUUUCCAAAGAUGAGAUUGAAGAGGCGCAAAGAAGUGCCAUCUCAGACUAUUACCCUCCUUUUGAUGAACACACACUUUUACUUAAGCACCAGUCAAGCAAAGAGUUAGACUUGGCUAAAGUAGUAGACUUUUUAACAAAUGAUAUCGGUGCUAGCUCUCUCUCAAAAAUGGCAGAGCUGAAAUGUAGGUAUGAGGAAGAGGCAAAAAGGGAUGGGGAAGAGAAACAGAAACGUGUUCUCAAGCCAUCCAUGUCAAUACAGGAGCACAAACUCAAAAUGCCUCCUCCAGUUUCAGGCAUGCUCAGAUCUCCCUCAGAGAAGGACCUAAGCAAACUUGCCGAGUCAUAUCAAGGGUCGGACACUAUAUUGGAAUCGCCAGAGGAUCUGUCUCAUGAGCAGGAUAAGAGUCCUCUGUCAGACAGUGGGUUUGAGACCAGGAGUGAAAAGACACCCUCUGCUCCCCAAAGUGCAGAGAGCACAGGACCUAAGCCUUUAUUCACAGAUUCCCCUAUCCCCCCCUGCGUAACAGAGACCAGGACUGAAGUAGUCCAUAUUAGGAGCUAUGAGCAGCCUGACGAGCUUUGUGAGCCUGGACUAAUGGAAGAGGCUGCAACUGCUCUCCCUGCCAUAGAACCACCUGAAGCAAUUUCAGCAAGCUCCAGUAAAGCCCUACAGAUGAAAAUGCCUGAAGAGGACUCAAUGAAAAGCAUGUGUCUUAAAGAGGAAACCCACAUUACUACUACUACCAGGAUGGUCUAUCACAAGCCCCAACUGACUGAUGGUGCAGAGAUGAUAGAGGAGGCAAUGUCAGUUAGAGAUAUCAUGAAAGCUUUCCAGUCAGGUAGGGAUCCAUCUAAAGAUUUUGCAGGCCUUUUUGAACACAAAGCUAGCCAGGAUUCUGUCAAAGGUGAUGAGCUCACUCCUAGAUUUCUUGACAGAGAUGUUAAAUCCAAACCCAAAGUUGAAAGGAUAAUUGAGGUUCACAUUGAGAAGGGCCACAGCACUGCAGAACCGACUGAGGUCAUUAUCAGGGAAACCAAGAAACACCCUGAGCUUUAUGUUUACAAAGGUGAUCGGGGGAUAAAGGAACUGACUGAUUAUGAUGAAGCCCAACAAGAAGAAGAGGAGCUUGCUAUUGAAGAAUCCCUGCCCACCUUCCUGGAAACAUCUCGCGUUAAUACUCCGGUGUCACAGGAAGAAGACAGUCGUCCGAGUUCUGCUCAACUCAUAGCAGAUGAUUCAUAUAAAGCACUUAAACUGUUGAGCCAGCAGUCCAUAGAAUACUGUGAUGAUGAGCUAUCAGAGAUCCGAGGCGAGUCGUACAGGUUUGCUGAGAAAAUGCUUCUCUCUGAAAAACUUGAUGCGACAUCACUGAGCCAAUCUGACACAGAGGAUUCAGCACUGGUUUGUGACAAAAUCCGCCACCUGGGUACUGAAGAAAGUAGUAGCCGUAGCACUGAGGGUGCAAGUCAGCAGCAAGGAAGCCCCAAAAGAGAGUUUGUCUCAAAGUCAUCAAAAGAUGGGUCUCCUAAAUCUGCUAAAUUCCUGCACAGGGAUGAUCCAUCUCAGUUUGAUAAGGUAACAGUGCUCCAUUACUCCACAGAACAGGGCAGCCCUAAACAUGCAGUUUGGAUGCGUUUUACAGAGGAUAAACAUGACAGGAGUAGGGAUAAGUUACUGUACGAGGAUAGGGUGGACCAAACUGUAAAGGAAGCUGAAGAAAAACUCAGUGAAGUCUCACAGUUCUUCCGUGAUAAAACGGAAAAGCUCAAUGAUGAGCUUCAGUCUCCUGAGAAAAAGCCUAUAAAACGAGAGCUCAAGGAUCCUAGGUCCUGGCCUAGCUCACCCAGCAGCAGCCCAGAGAAAACCCAGCAGAAACCCAAAGCAGAAGAGGUGUUCAGUAGAAGCAAACUCAGGGAGCCUUCAGUUGGUAAAAUGUUUGGCAGCACCACAGCAGCUGAAAAGAAAAGCUCUAGUCUACCAAGCAGCCCACAGAAAACUGUUCUCUCUCAUACUAGUGAGGAUAAAAUCAAACAACAGACAAAGUCCUGUGUGUCUGAACCCUCCUCUCCUGCUCAUGUAAAAUCAACAUCCAAAGUGAGUGAAGUGAGAAAGAAGUUUGAAUCGGAGGCUCAGAAAGUUAGUCAAAGUCAGUCUAGUCCAGCCAAAAUUCCUCCUCCAGUACAGCCAAAACCGUCAAUAAAGAAAUUGCAGGAGAGCAAACUUCCUGUUUAUCAGUUUUUUGCAGGAGGAAAAGUGUCAAAAGCACCUGAAACUUCAGAAGAAGUAAGCCCAAAAAAGGAUGCUGAGAAGGACACAAAUGGAAGUAAACCUGGUUUGAUAUCAGCAUGUCCAAAAGUCCCAAAACUAGACAUGCCACCUAACAAAAACAUCUCAGAUGCCUCUGUACAAAUCAGUGAAACCAAGACAGACAAAAUAAGCACUAAAGGGAAGGAUAGUCCAUCCAGUGCAACUCAGGCAAUUAAAGAAAGCAAUAAAAGUCAGAAAGUUCAAUCACCUAUAAUUUCUGACAGUGCUAAAAUUCCAGAAAAAGCCACUGACAGUAAAAAAUACCAACAAGUUACAAAAAGUGAAAGUGCUUCCAAAGAAAUUAUAACUGAGCUAUUCAAAAAGGAUGCAGAGGAAACACUAAAUAAAAAUCUUAGAAAAAAGACAGAAUCUCAAAUUCCUGUUAGAACUACAUCCCUCUCUUUAGAUAAUGACCUCACUAAGAAACCAACAAUAACUAGACCCUCACAGAUACCAACACUACCUAAAACCAAAGUACAAAGUCAUGAGACAGUCCCAGCCAAAACAGAUCUAACAUUUGAAAUUCUUGAUAAUGCGCCCAAAGAUUCAAAUUCCAAUAACCUUCCUAGCCCCAUAGAAAUGUUGGAGAAAGCCAUUACACCUCCAACUGCUACAACAACCAGAGAGAACUUCAAGGGCAUAAAAACAUUACCUGUUUAUGUUGGCGUUCAGGUGGGUAGACAGGCAGAGAGGGAAGCUAAAGGAGCACUGUACAAUGUCAAACAAAAAUCAAACCUAGCUCUAAGCCCCAUAAGCCCAGAUGAUGACACACUAGAGCAGGUUUCUUUCAUUGACAGCUCAGGAAAAAGUCCCAUUACACCAGAGACUCCCAGCUCGGAGGAGGUCAGCUAUGAUCUCACAUGCAGGACCCCUGAUGGCUUUAUGGGAUUCUUGCCAGGGAAACCAAGCCCCAUCAUGGAGGUAUCUGAGGAAUCAGAGGGAGAUGACCAGGGCAAGGUUUUCUCUUUUAAAGAGGCCCUACCAGAAAGUAAAACCAGUAUUUACUCUACCCAAGCAGACAUAGCUAAUGCCAAUAAGGAAGAAAUAAAAACUGAUAAUCAACACGAGUUGAGCAUCAGCAAUUUAAACCAACAUGAAAGAGUCACUGGCAUGCAUGACGAAAUAACAGGACAGGAGAAGCAACAAGCAUCAAAAGACAAAGGUAUUGCAUAUAUUGAGUUCCCUCCCCCUCCUCCUCUGGACUCAAGUUCAGAAAUGUCAGACCCAGAGAGAAAAGGUUCCUGUGCUUCUUCCGAGACCGAGACGGAAAUGAUGGAGGUGAAUUUGCAGGAAGAACAUGACAAGCAUUUCCUGACCGAGCCAAUUAUACGAAUACAGCCCCCAUCCCCAGUGCCCCCUGGAGCAGAUGACAGUCAGUCAAAUGCUGACGAAGAGGAUGAUGAAUCAAUCUUCCAACCCAUUCCUUGCAAGAAAUUCACUUCUAAAGUUUCUGAGGAGGAGGACCAAAAGAAAGAGAAGGAAAAGGCAUCUAAAUCCAAAAAACAUGACAAAAAUGGAAAUGGGCCCAAUGGUGGCACGAAUGGCACUAAUGGUUCUAGUAAUGGCUCAAAAGUUUCAAAUGGCAAAGGAGAGGACUAUGAAUGUGAACAAAAUGGAAAUGACCAGUCAAUUACAGACUGUUCAAUUGCUACUACGGCUGAAUUUUCCCAUGACACUGAUGCGACAGAAAUAGACUCCCUCGAUGGAUAUGAACUCCAAGAUGAGGAUGAUGGCCUGUGUGAGCAGGCAGACUUACGGCUGUUUGGUCUUCCAGACAGCCGGAGAGAUGUCUGGGCAACAGAUACAUUUAGGUCCUCUGAUCGCUCUUUUCCCCAGACUAAACUGGAGGUUAUUGAAGAGGAAAAAACCCCAGAGGAAUGUCAAAAAGAUAUUAUUGAUAAAGAGAUGGCCUCAAAUGGUGAAAAGACUGAUGGUGUUAGUAAAGAUGGAGCUAAAAGUCAGGAACAAAAACUUUCAGAUAAAGAGGGGUUUUCAGACACUUACUUUAGUUAUAAGAUAGAAGAGGAGUUUAAUUCUCCUUUUAAGACUGUUGCCACCAAAGGGCUGGACUUUGACCCUUGGCCCAGUAAAGGUGGAGAAGAAGUCGUUGAUAUGGGAGGGACACGGGGAAACAAUGGUGAGCCUAAGCCUUUUGGACUGGCAGUCGACGACCAGUCCCAGGCCACAACACCAGACACUACCCCAGCCCGAACUCCAACGGAUGAUAGCACGCCGACGAGCGAGCCAAAUCCAUUCCCCUUCCAUGAAGGGAAGAUGUUUGAGAUGACACGCAGUGGUGCGAUUGACAUGAGCAAGAGGGACAUGGUGGAGGAGAGGCUCCAGUUUUUUCAGAUUGGUGAGCAUUAUUACGCAGCGGGCAGGUACAGGGUCAGGGACACUGAAGUAGAUGGGAGGGAGCAGUUUUAUAUUCAGGAACCCACAAAUACCUUCUCAGUCCCCCAAGUACCCAUUCAGACUACUACUGUCCAACUAGAAAUAUCAAAUCAGGCUAGCAGUUAUAGCACAUGUACAAACUCAUUCUGUAACACCAAGCCUAAAUUCUCCACUUUUAGAACUGAAUUCACGCUGUCAUCUGAUAAAACAUCCAGUGCCUCAAAUAGCACUACUAAAAGUGGAACACCAAGCACCUUUGAUCAUUGUAAAGACAAAACCUCAGGGGCAACUGUAGAUAGUUUUUACCAUGCAACAUCAAAUUACACAGACUAUUUUAAUUUUUGUGCAUCAAACAUUACUCCAGAUAGGUCCAAACAGACGGAUCAUUUGGCAUGGACCUCAGAGUUUCAAAACACAGUUUACCAAAGUACAGAUUAUUCUACUGCACCUUUGCAACAGAUUAGCAAUUUGCAAACAUCAAGCGACAAUAUCAGUAGCAAUAUCCCAGAGUGCCAUUCAGAUGUCUUUCAGACUGGCAGUGUCAUGUACAAUGUGUUGUCCUCUUUAAGAUCCACUCUGCAAGAGGUCAGCAGGAUAGAAGCUUCCUUCAGCCAGUUAAAUGAAAGCAGAUGUGAAGGCAGGGGUUUUUCUAAUGUAGCAAUAAUAAACACUGAAGCCAAAAAGGUCAAAAGCCAGAUAUUCAAGUCCAGGUUACCACUGAGGGUACCCUGCCAAAAACUAUGCAGUCAUAGUGAACUGGUGACGAAAGACAAGUCACAAAAAAAUGAUAAAGUCCUACUUAGGAAACAUGGAAUGCUUAAAAUCAGGGAACGAUUAGAUCCUUUUAAGACUUUAUUACCAAGGUCGAAAAUUCCAGUGUUAAAAGCCUUUAAAUACCCUUCUUAUUUGCAAGAGCAGAAGCAGGUCAGUACUAAAUCUACAGUUAGGGGUAGGAGCAAUAACUCUGCCAGGGAUGGUAAGCAGCUAGCUAAAAGCAAACCCAUUUUGAUAAAAACCACCAGUAGAAGUACAACAAAAGAGAUGGGGAGAAAGAACAGCACAGUGUCAAAAUGUUUUAAAGCAAAGUCUGUCAGUAGCCAGAUAGCCAAGUCUUCGGACAAAACCAUUUCCAAGGAGGCUGAAGCAAAGUUAGAGGGGAAAACACUGCUCACUGAGGAUGAAGAGAGCUGCAGCCUCAGCACUACCAGGAACACUUCCUUGUCACAACCAUCUAGAGCUUCUAGAAGUUCCUGCCCUUCACGCACCUCUACCUCCACCUCCACCAGCACCACUACAUCAACAUCAUCUCCUGUAAAUGUGAGAGCUGAGGUUGAGCAGGCCAGCAGUAAGAGGAUGAGGAGGAGCAUGAGGAAAAGUAGGCGGACACUUGGAGGGAAGGAGCAAGAGCAGAAGGAGGAAGGGAGUCAGGUUGAUCAACCAAUCCCCGCUCCUGUCACGGAGAACGAGACUAGCCCUCACAGUCCCUGUGAGAGAACAGACCUCCGCAUGGCGAUAGUAGCUGACCACCUUGGACUCAGUUGGACUGAGCUGGCCAGGGAGCUGGAUUUCUCUGUGGAUGAGAUCAACUUGAUCAGAGUGGAAAACCCCAAUUCCCUGACGGCACAGAGCUUCAUGCUCCUAAAGAAAUGGGUGCACAGGGACGGUAAAAAUGCCACAACGGAUGCUUUAACCGCGGUGCUGACUAAGAUCAAUCGGUUGGAUAUUGUGACUUUGCUGGAAGGGCCCAUAUUUGACUACGGUAACAUUUCAGGCACACGCUGCUUUGCCGAUGAUAACGCAGUAUUCCCGGAUCAGUCCGAUGGCUACGACAAUAUAGAUCUGGAGCUCCAAACCCCCUCAGACCUCAACUACGUGCCCCCAACCCCACUGCGCUCAGAUGACUUCUUUAGCGAGGGCGAUCCUUUAGUAGAGUCCCCUAACAAGUCCACGCUUACUAGACCUAGCGACCUCUCUCUCACUCAGACCACCAGCACCUCCAGCAGCGACCCCCUCACAGUGGCCCCGGGUCCAGGCUCCACUGCCACAGAGCUACCUAUUGCUGGGCCUGAAGAUACAGAAACUGAGAUGUUUACCGAAGAAAAAACAGGAUUGGUGUGUGUAGAGAGGCCAGAUAAUGACAGACGGUUGGUAGAGCAAUCAGGAAAGGAGACAGAAGAAGUAAAAGCAGGAGACCAUCUUGUUUUGGAGAGUCAGGGAGGGGCCGUAAAAGAGGAGGCUACCGCAGACACUGGUCUUGGAAAUGGAGUGGAGGAAGAAGAGGAGGAGGAAAUGACGCAGGAGAGGUUGCAGAGUCUGCUGGAGGAUAUAAAGCUGGAAGAGGGCAUGGAGGAAGAGGAGGUGUCAGAGGAGCUUGUGAAUGCCAUCCUUGAACAAGUACGGAAAGCAGAAAAAGACAUUUAUUCAGUUCCAGGCAGGAGCAGUGAGACGUCUGGUGCAAUCGGGGAGUCAGCAGCCCCUGGCCCCAGCCCGGGCUCUGAGGAGGGCAGCCCUGACAGUCUAGCUGAUUCGCUGGAGGAGCCCCUGGUUCAGACCAACAAACAGAAUGGAGGUCACACUGAAUCAGCCAGGGAAGGGAUGGAAAAGGAGCCCAGGAGGAAGGAAUCCCAGGAGGACAGCAGCACAGCGGGACCAAGCAGAGGAGACGGGGAGGGAGGCAACAAGUCCCAGCACAAAGUCCAGGAGAGCGUUAGAGAGAAGGUGUCCGACUCUGAUGAGGAGACCACUGUCACUACCAGGGUGAUACGCAGACGGGUUGUACUCAAGGGAGAGGAGGCCAGAAACAUUCCUGGAGACUCUGUGACAGAGGAGCAGUUCAUAGAUGAAGAUGGGAAUCUGGUCACCAGAAAAGUGAUCAGAAAGGUUGUACGCAGAGUGUUCAGCUCAGAGGAAAGGAGGCAAAGUGAAGGCGAAUUUAUUGCAGCAGAAGAACCUGUUGCUGCUGGUGGAGGAGGUGUUGGUGGUGGUGUAGCUUCAGGUGGAGCUGACACUGCUUCUUCAUCAGGAGCGGCAGCAAGAGCCACGGGGGGGAAGGGCAAGAAGAAGGGGAAGCGCUCCCGACAUGGCCAUAAGGAGGAGCCUCACAGAGUGAAAACUGAGCCUGGAAACGGUGCCAACAAGAAACCAGGGAGGAAAAGUCAGUCGUAACAGUAGAGCUCUCAACUACAACUGGUCCACGGACAUCCACCUGUGACCCCCACACACGACACUGGGAGGAAAAACAGACCGGAGCCAAUGAAACCGGGAGCCAACACGUGUCUGAAGCUUUCGCUUUACAACGCAUGGUUUUCAGCAAGACAACACGUUACUUUUCUUUGAUUUCGCAUGAGCAUGUCACCAAACUCACUCACUGUUGGAAAACAACACCGAAGGACACGCAUGGACGUGAGCUGGAAACUUCUUUAAUCUUCGGCGAAUGAAAGGCGUCUGUGACCAAAGACGGCACAAACAGCGGAGAAAAAGACUUCACUCUCUCAGACACUCGCCUUGUAUGGCUUUAUUUUUUCCUCCUGCACUCACAGUUUUGGGGUGCACCAUGUGGUUCUUUUAUAAAACAAAACAAAGGAGAUAUAAUAGUACCUGGGUGUUUUUGUUGUACAUAAAUGACACUGUAUAAAAUCUUUAAAAAAAGAAUCGGUAGCUUCACAGAUUGUUUAUGCACUGAUUUGAGUUGAUGAAGCUUUGCAGAGCCUGUGCAUUUGUAUUGAGAGGUCGACACUGUUCGUGCAGCCUGGAGUGUGUCACCUGACAUGCUCUUCCCAAAUAUGAAAAGGAACAAAAAAAGCUGUACGUGAAUGAAACGAAUGGAGAAAAAAAAUGAUGCUUGAUUUUAAACAGAGGACAUUUUCUUUAAAGCCAACAGCUACUCCGCUCUGUCUGAGGGACAUUCUUCAGAGAAAUGAUAUUUUGCUGCAUGUGACGUCACUUUAUUUUUAACGCUUUCCUUUCUUUCUCUUAAUUCAAAGCACUGUAAUACAACUUAGAGAGGGUGUGAUGGUACUUCUGUCUGUGUGAGCACUCAUAGUAACCCAAACAUCUGUCAUCUAUAACUGUUUUUUUAAUUUCAUUUCUUUUUCUUUUCUUGUUUUUACAAAUGAAAUGACACUCCACAUCCUAGUGACGAGAUACUACAGCAUCCUUCUUAUGCAACGGGAAAGUACUGACACUGUCCAAUGCAUCUUUUAGACUAGCACAUUGUUAGCUCUAGACAGCUAGCAACGCUGUGUGUGUGCGUGUGUGUGUGUUUGUGUGUGUGAUUAACAUAAAAAAAAAAAAAAAUCCAUGCAUACUAAAAGUGUAUGUUUAAGCUUUUAGUUCUACUGUGGUUUUUAAAAGGGGACUUUUACUUUGAUGAUUUUUAUCUUGUUUAUUUGCUUCUAUUUACACGAGAACAGAGAAUCUCAUUUUUAGCCCCAUCACUCAAAUCUAAAUCUUUGUAAUCACACACAAAUCACUGUCAGUUAUUAAAAAUGUGACUUUCUGUUCAUGUGUAAAUCAUUUUUCUGUGUUUUUUUUUUUUUUCAUAUGAAUCCACCCUAAGCAUCCAUUGUUGAUAAUAAAUCUGGUACCAACAUGUAUGACAAACCAACAUAGCCUACACUGGAUGAUCCAAGUAAUUAUUUAAGCAGAAAAAUAAAUUGUGUUUAAACUGAA